AUGCAUGAUGCCGACGUUCCAUGGGAAGAGGGCAAGCAGAUUUGUGUUGAGAUGGGUGGGGUGAUGGUUGUCCCUCAAUCCGAAGAAGAGUUACAACACAUCCUCAACAUGUGCGGAUGCGAAUAUUUCUGGAUUGGUUGCAACGACAUUGACGCCGAAGGUACUUGGGUGUGUUUGGGUGGUGAAGGUACUAUUGACCUGAAGGACAAGAGAUGGAUGGAUGGUGAGCCAAAUAAUUACAGAGGCAACGAAGAUUGUGCCAUAGGCUGGGCUGACCAUGUAGGCUGGAACGAUGCGAAUUGUGGAUACACACGCAAGUUAAUCUGUCAACGCCCCAUUGCACCAGCACUGUUGCUUCUGUGA